CGGGGUGGGUGCGGGUCGGGGCGCCAGCGCAGCCCGGAGGGUCCCCGGGGUCCCUGCGAGCGGGGGCGCGAGUGCGCCAGGCCACACUCCAGCCAGCUCUACCAGCAUGUGCCAGAGACACACUGGCCCAUCGUGUACUCCCCGCGCUACAACAUCACCUUCAUGGGCCUGGAGAAGCUGCACCCUUUCGAUGCCGGGAAAUGGGGCAAGGUGAUCAAUUUCCUAAAAGAGGAAAACCUGCUGUCAGAYGGCAUGCUGGUGGAGGCGCGGGAGGCCUCGGAGGAGGACCUGCUGGUGGUGCACACGAGGCGCUACCUCAACGAGCUCAAGUGGUCCUUCGCGGUCGCCACCAUCACAGAGAUCCCCCCUGUCAUCUUCCUCCCCAACUUCCUUGUACAGAGGAAGGUGCUGCGGCCCCUUCGGAUCCAGACGGGAGGAACCAUCAUGGCGGGAAAGCUGGCGGUGGAGCGAGGCUGGGCCAUCAACGUAGGGGGCGGCUUCCACCACUGCUCUAGCGACCGGGGCGGGGGCUUCUGUGCCUACGCRGACAUCACACUGGCCAUCAAGUUCCUCUUUGAGCGAGUGGACGGCGUCUCCAAGGCCACCAUCAUCGACCUCGAUGCCCAUCAGGGCAACGGGCACGAGAGGGACUUCAUGGACGACAARCGCGUGUACAUCAUGGACGUCUACAACCGCCACAUCUACCCCGGGGACCGCUUUGCCAAGCAGGCCAUCAGGCGCAAGGUGGAGCUGGACUGGGGCACGGAGGACGAGGAGUACCUGCACAAGGUGGAGAGGAACAUGGAGAAGGCCCUGCAGGAGCACAGCCCGGACGUGGUGAUCUACAACGCUGGCACCGAUGUCCUCGAGGGGGACCGCCUCGGGGGACUGGCCAUCAGCCCAGAGGGCAUCGUGAAGCGGGACGAGCUGGUGUUCCGGGUGGUCCGAAGCCGGCAGAUCCCGAUCCUCAUGGUGACCUCGGGGGGCUACCAGAAGCGCACGGCCCGCAUCAUCGCCGACUCCAUCCUCAACCUGCGCCACCUGGAUCUCAUCGGGCCCCAGUCGCCCAGCAUCUCCACCCAGAGCUCAGACACCCUGCUGCUGUCGCCCUCGGUGUCGUGACCUGCGCUGCGCUAGGUGGCACCAGCCUGUCUCCGGCCCGCCACCACCUGCUCUAGUGCCGUGUCCACCCYGUGGGGCCCUGGGCGCCCAGCGCACCGAGGGGAAGGAGGGCCGAGCCGUCCCCGCCUGGGCCAGAGGAGGGCCCRCCGCGGCCCCUCUGCUCCCCACCCGGGUCCCGGGUCCCCGUGGGCAGGACAGCGGCCAGGCAAGAUCCCCUGGGGUCCAGGGUUGGACCAGGCCCUGUGGAGGCCGCGGGUCUUCAGAACAGGAGAGGAGGCCAGGAGGCCAGGAGGCCAGGAGGCCGGGGGGCCCGGGUCGGUGCACAGAGGAGGUCCCGUCUCCACCCUGCUGGGCUGUCCUCCAGUCGCAGGUGGCUGUCCCACUGUCCACGCCUCAGGUGUCAGGAGCCACGCUGCCGAGGACAGCCCAGCGCCAGGCGCCCCGGGGAACCUGUGUCCCCGGCCGUGUGGCGUGGGACCUGGGGCAGGGACGCAGGUGGGCUCUCCAGUCUGGGGUCCCCCCAAUAAAGCAAGGUCUGGGCCUGC